AUGCAUCAUAUCGGUAACAUUAUGCAGGGUACCGACUCCAUUCCUACACUACAGUCACAUACAUCACCGUCGAUACAAUCAAAUUAUCCAUAUCCUAUUCGCCAAAAUCAAGCAUCAAACUUUGAGAUACCAUUAUAUGCUUCAUCGAUAAGUAAUGGCCCAUUAUUGCCUCAGCAACAGCAUCAUCAUUCGUGUCCAUCUCAGUCUUCUUCACAAACAUUAUCAAAAGAGGAGUGGACUUUGAUAUCUUCUUUAAGAAUGAUGAACAAUUUAUGCAUAUUACCAUCAUUCCAAAUGCCAUCGUCUACUGUAGCACAUCAGCAAACAAAUCACUUAGCAACUAACCAAUCUUGUUUUGACCAAACUGGUCAUAAGAUUCAGCUACCUUCAUAUGCAACAAAUACAGCAUCGAUACUACGAACAAUCAUCAUGAACAACGGCUGGUCUUCAACCAACAACGGUUUCAUCAGAAACAGAACCCCAAAAUUAUCCUCAUCUUCAUCUGUAUUAAUACAAUCUGAUCACCAAAAAUAUCAAUCCACGCUGCAGCAACAACCUCAUUCUUCACUUACUUCGCCAUCAAAGCAAUCCGGUCACCAGAACUAUUCACACAUACCACAACAAUAUUUAAGGUCGCCACCUACUUCACCGCCACCAAGACAGUCCGGUGACCAGAAUUACUCGCCUGUACUCCAAAAACAUUCGCCUUCUACUUCUGAUUCAUCACUACCGCUUCUUCUUUCGCCGGCACAACAAACUCAACAGCAUCCAUCAAUUUAUCCAAAAGUGUCUCCAGUUUUUCACUACUGCUCGACAAUAACAGGACCAACUGUUGAACUAGUUGAUCAAACAAAAAAAUACCAACUUGAUGAUAGUAUCCGAGUUGGCGGACGUAUCUUACAUUCAGAUGAGUUAUCAAUGAAAUACCGGUGUGAGGAUGACAUGACUAUCAGUGAGACACCAUCCGGUGGCCACAUGCUCAAUAUGGCUGGUUAUUCCUAUUUCGUGAAAAAUUAUGGAAAAAAUUUUACAACGUGGGAAUGUGAAAAUCGUCGCAAACGUCGUUGUUCAUCGAUACUUAUUCGAUCCUCAGAUCCGACUGUAAAGAAUUACUUUCGAAUCUAUUCUAUUCAGGGAACACACAUCCAUGAACCAGCACCAAAUAAUAUUGAAAUACGAAAAUUCAAGCAGCGUAUAAAAGAACGUUGUAAACAAGAACUGUCUAGUCCACGAUCAAUAUACGAAGAUGAACUGAAAAGGGGCAAAUAUCCAUCGGAAAUGUUAGCAGUUUUACCAACAUACUAUAAUAUGGAAGCACAGUUAUAUCGUAUUCGCCAAGAGCAUUUACCAGAAUCGCCAACCGAUCCUAAUUUCGUCUUACAUACAGCAUUUACCACUACAGACCAAGGGAUGAGAUUCUUAUUAUAUGACUCAAAUAAUGUUCAGACACCAUACACGCCCGCACCGUGCAAAGUCGGACGACUUAUUAUGUAUGCUAGUGAUUUACAGCUGGAAAUUCUGUCGGCGUCGAAGCGCAUCAGCAGUGAUGGUACAUUCGAAAGUGCCCCCAAAAUUACUCAUCAAAACUAUAUAAUAAUGGGAGAAUACAAAGAAAAACAUCCUAUACCCUUGUGCUUCUGUCUAUGUGAACGUCGUAAUUAUGAAACAUAUGAAUUAAUCAUCAAAGUAUUGAAAACAGCUAUUAGAAAUUUAAACCUAGACUUUCAACCAACAUAUUGGAUGAGUGAUUUUGAACCUGCCUUGACAAAAGCUAUUAAGAAACAGGUACCCAAUACACAUUUGCUUGGUUGUACUUUUCAUUACAACCAAGCAAUCUAUCGCAAUAUUCAAUUGAAAGGUCUACAAGAAGCUUAUCAAGAUGUCGAAGUAGCGCGUCAGAUGCUAGGACAAAUGAUGGCUUUAGCUUUUGUGCCAAGUGAUCAGAUCAAAACACUGUACAGAGAUUUCAUUAAACCACAACUAACGAAUAUUCCCAAGAGUGCAGUAUCUCUUCAUCAAAAUCUACGUCAUUUUUUAAAGUAUUACGACUCAUACUGGUUAACAAAGAUAUAUAAAUUCUGCGUGUUCGAUCAACCAGUAAGGACAAACAACGGACUCGAAGGUUACAACAAUAAAAUAAAGGUUCAAUUAGUUGCUCAUCCACAUCUGUAUCGCCUUAUUACAUGGUUUGAAAAAGAAGAAUUACUUAUUCAGCAGUUGGUUAUGAAACUAGCUUCCAAUGUGCCAGUACAUCGAAGAAAACGUGCACCGAAAACAAUCCUUAUUGACGAGUCAUUACAGUCGUUAUGGGAUAAUUAUAAAGCUGGAGCGCUCACCUCAGAAGCAUUACUAUUUGAAUCAUCAAAAUCUGGUCACCAGAUCCGACACCAUUUCACUCUCAUUAUAACACCCUUACAACAUCGAUUCUGGUCACCAGUUACAUUAUUAUAG